UCAUGCUGGGUGGUACACAGACCAUCGCGAAUCGCAUUAAAUUUGAUCCGUUGCAGAUUACACACUGCUCCCUUCGCAUCAUCCGCAGCUGUAGUUGAAGGCUCUAGAAACGUCUAGAGACGUAACGUUGCAACUGCGUCAGUACUGUUAUUCUCAGCCGGGGAUACGCAACACGUUCCGGACUAUAGUCCUCAGACUACAAGCGUCCACACUGGUGGUUUGUGGGCAGCAUUCCUUCAUUUUGCAGGCAUUACAAGUAUUUUCACCUGGCUGAUUUAUCUGCGUAGAAGAAGCUCACUUCACUGCGAGACAUGCAUCCAGCAACUGCCAAAUGGUACGACAGGAGGGACUCCGUUUUUAUAGAGUUCUGUGUAGCAGACAGCAAAGAUGUUAAAGUCAAUUUUGAUAAAACCAAGUGUGUUUUCAGUUGUCUUGAUGGAACUGAUAAUGUCAAACACGAGAAUGAAAUAGACCUGUUUGAAGCCAUUGAUGAAAAUGAAUCCAAACAUAAACGUACAGAUCGGUCAGUGUUGUGCUAUUUACGAAAAGCACAGCCAGGGAAGUCGUGGCCGAGGCUAACAAAAGAGAAGGCUAAGCCGAGUUGGCUCAGUGUCGACUUCAACAACUGGAAAGACUGGGAGGAUGACUCAGAUGAGGAGACAGGCAACGAUGAUCAGUUCUCUGAUAUGAUGCACAGCAUGGUAGAUGAGAAUGACCUAAAUGACGGUGCAGAUGAUGAUGAGUCCCCAGAUAGUGAUGAGGAGCCAUUGCCAGGUUUGGAAUAGGAGCCUGUAAGACUCUGGAAAGAAAAUGGAUGAACAGAGGGCAAGAUGAAUCAUAAGAAGUGUAUAUCUUGACAUUGAAGGCAGUGACAAAGAACUGUACAUAUGAGUCGGUAGCCAUAUUUAAAUCCAUAGCCUCAGCUCCAAACUCUUGACCGAUCAGUCCACUGAAGGUUGAUAUGCAUGGUAUUGUACAGAACAGCUAUCUCCACUUCCAUUUGCUGUACUGCACCUUUUGGGUAUCUUGUUUUACUGUCAAAUAUUACAAGUAAGCACACAUUAUUUGUUGGAAAAGCUGUAUAGUUGUCUGAGCAAUAUGUGUGAAGAGACUUAAAAUUUGUUUUCAAAUAAAUUGUGGUUUGAAAUGAUUAGGUCCAACCAUUCCAAAUGUUGUGGUUUUAAGUCAGUCGUCCAGUGUAACUUAUUUCUUGACUUAAGAAAACACUAGCAUCAGAAGAAUUAUCAUUCACUGAUUGGGUUCCUCUAAAGCCUUCCAUGUGCCGUGAAUUAAAUAUCCAGGAAGCCAGUCUUUGUUUCUGUGGCUUAACCUUCCAGUUUACAUGUUACCCUUCACAUAUGGUUUAAUGUUCGUAAAAUUGGCAUAUUCUGAAAUCAUUCCAAACGUUUUUUCAUCUUCUCAGUCACCUACUGAAUGAAUUAUCACAUUUAGUAUCUUAACAGUUCUUCUCUCCAUACUGACCUAACAUGCACCCUCAUGUUAGACUGCAGAAGCAAAGUGGAAAUGUUUUGCAGCUGAUCAUGAGGUCUGAAGCUUGGUUUUUACUCAGCGUUGUUUGGUUUGUUGCUAUUUUCCGGGUUCUUUCCGUUUGUUCAUCUAGAAUGAUCCUCCCUUGUUUGUGAGGGAGUGUUGGAACGUUAGGCGACAUGUAAUGACCAAAUUAUAUUUGCACUGUCAAUAAAAUGUUCGGGCAGACAAUAGAUGUUGAAUUACAGUGGAAAUUCUUUUUUUAUUGUCUACAUCUUUCUAAUAAACUGUUCAAGAAUCA